AAAAGUUGUCUAUUAUUAUGAUUUGACGUCAAGAAAGUGGACGUCAUCUUGUAUGAAAAUUCUUUAUUUGAUUAGUUUUGCAAAUUAAACUUGUCUAGUAAUUUUGAUAAGAGUUUGCACCUACAUUGUGACCAAAUUUUAUAUGAUGUGCUUCUAAGAAUUUAUUAGAAUAAUUAAAAGUGAAGUGACGGUGACGCUGUCCAUUACUGUGUCGGUGAUGUAAUUUAGGUGAUUGGGCGGCUUCCUAGUUGUAGGCCCUACCAUGGAAGAAUCCUCGUUCACUAUUCCAGCUGACGACAAUGGUGAUUCUGAGCUCGACCCUAGAAUUCAGGUGGAGCUGGAGAAAUUGAAUGCGGCCACAGACGAAAUAAACAAGUUGGAACUGGAGCUUGAUGAGUCCAUGAAGACAUUUCACCUGUUGUUGAAUGAGACGUCACGUAGACUUCAGGCUUUAACGAAACGUCUGGGGACGUGUGUUGAUAAAUCACGGCCGUAUCACGACGCGGUGAGCGCGGCUUCAACAGCGAGAUCGGAAUGCCAGCGGGCGGCCGUGCAGUUCCAGAGAGCUAGCGAGUUACAUGCAGCGGCAAAAGAGACGGUGACAUUAGCCGAGCAGCGUUUUGUAAGCAAGCAAGAUGAGUGGCAAUUCGACAGCAACUGGCAGGAAGUGCUCAACCAUGCCAUUAUUAAGGUUAUGGAUGCUGAAAAAAGAAAAGCGGAAAGCGGACGUGAGCAUCAGAAAAAAGCGGCCGCUUAUAUUACUGCUGAGCAAAAGGUAACGCAAUUGGAAGAAAGUCUAAAACGGAAUAUUAUAAAAUCAAGAGUUUAUUUUGAGGAGAAAAAAUUAUGUGACGAGCAGUUACAAGCACAAAAUGAGAAGAUAGAGAAGUUACAGCGGCUUAUCGCUGACGCUAAGUUUAGAUACUCAAAAUCCCUCAAAGCUCUCGAGGAAAUAUCUGAAGAAAUACAUCGACGGAGAGGCGAAUACCCACCGGGAAAAGAUACUAUUCCAGUCGGACCCAGAGAACCCGGCGUUGGGGCUGAACGAGACCCGGUACAUGAUGAGACACAAGUGGAAGGAAUCGAAAAGGAUGAAGAAUCAAGUCUCCAAGAACUAAGAAUGCGAGUCAGGGAACUAGCUCUCAAACCAAUAGAUAAAGGGGACGUAGAGACAGACGAAGCGUGGGCUCAGGAACUGAACGAAACAAUAAAUAAACUAGAUCAGCUGCUGAUGAUGAAGGAAACAAACCAGCAGAAAAGAUCCAAAUUCACUGCCAGCACGCCAAGGAAUGCCAGCGCCCCCUCAACUAGCACCAACACGGCACACAAAAAUCACCCACCAAGCGAUACGUGGAAAACAGAAUCAAACUUAUCGCGUACAAAGUCAAUAAGUCGAGAAGUUAUUUAUGAAAAUUGUAAUCCGAUAAGUAAGACGGAGAAGUCUAAAAGCAUGAUGUCUUUAGAUGUACUCGCAUUAGCUCGGGACACUACUAUGAUGGACCGCGAGUCGUACUUGAAGGCUGUCAUUGAAGAUAAAUCACCGACUGGCACGUAUACUGAGAGCAACUCCGACAGGAACGAGAGCCCUGACGACAUCCUGAUGGUGGAAUGCGACUCGAGCGACUCCAAUCAGAAUCCAGUCAUAAGAAUGACCAGUUCCACGAUAACGGACAGUGACAACAGUUAAAUUUAAAUCUGACGAGUUUGGAGGAAAAUGUCGAAUUUAUUUCUAAAAUGUCUGCACUAGAAAUUCGUUUUACAAUAUGUUAUAAAUUUUUGUAAUCAUGUCAAUUUGAAUGUUAGAUUUGAUAUAAAUGAUGAAAAUUAUGAAAAAAAAUUUAAAAUUCAAUACUAUAUUGAAUAUAGUUAGAAGUGGUUGUGUAAAUUUUUACGUGUUAGCUGUAGUGCGCCUUUUAAGCUAUCACGCUACGUCAUUGAACUAGAAUAGUUUUAUUUUUAGGCAGAAUUAAAAGCAUUUUAUAAAUUUGAAAAUUAUAUCAGAAGUUACGUAACAUCAUGAUUUGAAUCGUAAUGAUCAAUUUCGUAAUGAUUGGGAAUUUGUAUGCGAUAUCCAAUAUG